GUCAGCCCUUACUUACCCAAAACCUUUACAUGGCGUGAACCUCAGAUAGAACUCUAUUUGAUACCAUUCGUUGUCGUAAAACUCACCCCAAUCUUGACGACCUCAACCGACCUCCUCAUUUUCUACGGAUUAAGGAGGACCUCAAUUCGAAAUCCUCUAUGUCCAGUCUUCUCGGAGCAAUGCACGCUUGGCAAUCACCGCGCGCUCUAGCAGUACUGGCUCUGCUUAUUCUUGCUAUUCUGUUACUAUCAAACCUGCGAAGCCCUAUCCUGCUUGACCAUGGUCUGCAACAGGAGCACACCGGGGCAGACCGUACAAAAUGGCCACCGACUCUGCCACCAGUCGACGAAACGGAAGCGUACUGGCUACAGACAUCGCUCUCUGGCUCUUUUGAAGAUCAGUCCAUUGAAAUAGGGCAACGUGCCGGAGUUCUCCGUGACUGGAUUCAAUCGUAUGAUCCGUAUUCCAAAGCACUUCAUCCGCAGUUGCACGCCGAAUCUAUUGAGAAAGCAGCUGUCACGCUCUUUCCCUUCCUGGCGAAUACAUUACGGAAGUCAAAAAGCAAGAACCCUAUGGAGAAUAUUCAACCCCCAUUCAACAAAUCCUCCCGUGGUAUAGUAAUAUUGACAAGCGUCAAAACCUUUCGACAGACUUUCCACCUCCUUGGCGCGCUCACGGAGGUUGUCCUAACCGAUCUGCCUAUACAAAUAGCGUACAGUGGUAAUGACAGCCUAAGGUCUUUCCAGCGGGAAAUGUUAGCCUACCGCUUUCCGAGCAUCAGUUUCCUCGAUAUCAGCACUUUGUUCGUAGAUAACUCGCUACCUCUGGAAACCUCUGACAGUGCCCUGAAGAUACUUGCAGGGCUCGCCACGACUUUCGAGCAGUUUAUUCUUCUUGAAGCAAACACAGUUUUGCUUUACAGACCCGAUUUAUUGUUUAAACAAUCUGCAUAUCAUCGCACUGGGGCUCUCCUAUUCGGGCGUCCUGUCCAAUCACCAAUGAGAUUUCCGGCAACCUACCCGCCAGAAGUGUUGACAUCUCAUUCCUCGACUGAAUGGACCCAGGGUUCGGAUGUUAAGAAGACACAAUAUUUACAAGAAAAAUACUGGAGCGUAGUUGUUCUGGAUAAGUCCCGUGUCGAUGUACUGAUCGGAUUGUUGCAUGCAUCCUGGCAAACAAUACUGAACGGGCAUGGACGGAUUGACGAUACCGCUCCAGAUAGAGAGAUAGAUGUAUGGCGCCUUGCAUUUGAGCUCACGGGUUCGCCCCAUGGGCUGCAGACACCCUCUGCUGCUGUGAUCGGAUGGCCGCGCCACGGAGCAGAGGAAGAAAUUUGCAGCUUUGCUGAUGGAUACUCCGAGGAAAAUGGAACGCUCUUAUGGUACACUUCACUUAUCGUAAGAAAGGAUGAGCCGAGUUUCGGAAAUGAUAACGUACCAACGCAUCGGGUGGUGAUGUUGUCAAGCCAGGAGGUUUUGAAUGGGAAAGACAUUCUUUGCACAGUAAGAGAAAAUGCGAGAACGCUCACACACGCACAACAACAGAUUAUCCAAAAGACUGCACAAAAAGCGCAGCAACUGGAUUCGGAGUUUGGAUUAGCCAACAUGCAUAAAUCAUUAACAUCAUCUGACACAUAAGGAAGGCAUAGGGGCCCUGGACCCAUGUCCAACGGGGAGCUUUGGAGUAAUGGCCUCAGUAGUUGGUAAUUACACAGAGCAUUGCUAUGAACCUCAUGUAUCAAAAUUGGUAAAUAUACAACAACGGUUCCCCCACGAGUUAAGCUUUUACCGAAUGGUCAUUUCUCUAAAUGCUACAAUACUAUGAGAUUCAAUAUAAGGAUUAGCUUCACCGAGUUUCAAAUGUAACGAAUACAAAUAACCCACCAUG